AAAUACCGGUUUGUUCGCUGAAUUUCUCAUACUGUUGUUUUGGUAUGGAGGAUGGUGUCUACUCGAGGUGUGAAAUUCAAAUUCUCCGAAGGAGAAAAGGUUCUAUGUUAUGAACCAGAUCCGACGAAAGCAAAAGUGCUAUAUGAUUCUAAGGUACUGGAGGUUAUUGUGAACAAGGACCAAAGGGGGAGAAAGGCAAUAGAAUAUCUUAUCCAUUUUCAGGGUUGGAAUUCUUCAUGGGACAGAUGUGUGAGUGAGGAUUAUGUGCUGAAGGAUACUGACGAGAAUCGGCAACUGCAGAGAGACCUGGCUGAAAAAGCUCAACUUCAGUUGGGUGCAUACUUGUACAGACGUGAGCGCAAGAAGCGCCAUCGGAAACUGUCAGAGAAAAUUAGUGAGAGCCUGGAGCAGAAGAAGUUACGUCGACGACGUGGUGGGGAUAGGUCCUCUGAAGAUGGAAGCUCGGGAGGAAGCCACAGUCAGCGAGAUGGAGACAACAGUGAUGAAGGAGAGGAGAUGACAUCGUCUGAAGUAGAAUCUUCUGGUGAAGCUGAUGAGGAACGGGUACCCUUGGAGCUCAGUGAUACGCUGAAAAGACUAUUGGAGGAAGAUCAUGAUCUCAUCACAAAGAAAAAUAAAGUUUUGAAGCUUCCAGCUGAUCCAAAUAUAGUAACAAUUCUCGAAGGAUAUGUAAAGAACUGUGCUGUGAAUCAGUUGUGUGGUAUAGGGGAGAAACCACAACGUCGAUAUCGUUAUCAUUACGAAAAUAAUAAAGGCAGGGAUCUGGAUAGAGCUUGUCGCAGCUUAAAUAUAUGCAAAGAAGUUGUUGAUGGUGUACGUAUUUACUUUGACUUCACACUCAGUGACUUGUUGCUGUAUAACCAAGAGCGAGAGCAGUUCGAGCAGCUCAGAAAUCAGCAAGCAGAGCCUACAAUCAAACAAGAAAUAGAGAUUUAUGACAACGAACUCAAUAACGUUGUUGUGAAGGAGGAGGAGGAUGAAGAUGAUGAUGAUGAUGAUCUCUCAUUGCCUGGCCAAGAUGAUGAGAUGGAAACCGAUGGGCAGACCCACUGUUGUACUGGUAGCAUGAUGCACAUAACAGGCAGAGAACAUGGUUUGGAUAAUGGAGAUACCACAGGUGAAGGCGACAGGAAAAGAAGCCUGCGUUCUCAUCGGCCAGAUGCAAAUGAGUGUAUUUUACCUGAUGCCAAUGACAUUAGCAAACUGAAUGCUCGAACUCUGAACCAUGGCACUAAUUUCCAUGAAAAUCAUUUUCAUGUAAUCAACAUAAAACAAGAAGCACAUCACUUCGCCCUCACCAAUAUCAAGCAGGAGCCAUGUAACACACAGAUGUCAAGUAUUGCCAGCACAAGCUCUCGGUGCUCCACUCCUACUAUCAGCUUACCUCCUUUUGUUGCUGCUGGUAACACUGCUCAUUCCCAUGCAGUUGCCAGUUCAGUAGCAUCCUCGUCACCAAAGCACACAACACUGUUGUCUCAGAUACUUGCUUGGCAGCUAGUUCCUCAAAGCCUAUACUCAGAAGUACCUGUAGCCCCAUCACUUGUUUAUGGGGCCAUACAUCUGGCAAGGCUAUUUGUUAAGUUACCUGAUUUACUUUAUGCCACAAACAUGCCAGAAAGGAAGUUGAAAGUUCUUCUGCGUCACCUAGACAUGUUUCUAGGUUACAUGGAGGAACACCAAGAAUGGUUCGGUGAACAGUUCUAUAAGGAAAACAGCAGUAUCUGUGGAUAACAUGUUUCUUCAGAUUUAUUCUCAUCAGAUUCCUGUGCUUUAGUUAGAGUAUUAUUGUAGUGACAAUCAAAAGCUUUUUGA